GCAGUUUUCCGGUAUAAAACGCGCAACGCGUACGACUAACUUAAUGAGAGUGCGUCCGGAAUGGGUCCAAGGGUUUUGCGGCAUAAGUUCUCCUAUUAUCUCAAAAUUAAGAUUGUGAGUAUUCAAAAGAUUUGUUUUUAGUCGAUGGAGGACUGUUUCUAAGCUACAAUUUCGCCUGACCGAUCGCAAUCGUCUGAUCCACGCAAGUGACUGACUCGGCAAUCCGAGAGCGCUCUGAUUUAAAUCAAUUCUAUUAGAAACAGUGCGUUAUGUCGGAUCUGGAGGACAUCGAAGAUGUAUUUGAGGGGUGGCUAGAGAAACCGACAGAAGAUGAUGCAAAAAGCAAAGGCUGGUUGAAAAAGUCUUUCACAAAGAAAUGGAAGAAGAGUUACUAUGUGCUACGAAAAUAUUGUGCUGGAGACCAACCUUUCCUGCAGUGGUUUGAUAGAGAAGAAGGAUGGCAGAGGCAAAUGGCACGAGGGACAUUGGAAUUGUUUCCCAGAUACAAGGUGUUCAAAAGAAUGGAACAAAAGUCGAGGCAGUAUGUGUUUGAGAUCAGUACUGAUGCUGAAACAUUGACGUUGGCUGCAGAGAGUGAGACUGUGAUGGAUCUGUGGGUGAUUCAGUUACAAAUGCAAACUACUUUAAAUCCACGAGUAGCAGGUGAGGUCUUCAGGGUCAAAGGCAGUGGCAGCCGACAAAUGCAGAGAAUAGGAGCUAAGGACCAACAGUGUCUCUUACACAUUUCCAGGUGGGGUUUGUCCCUGGCUUUAGAGCGUACUCGAGCUGUGCUGGCUCAGUGGCCCUUGACAACAAUUCGCAACUAUGAAGCUCUAGAUUCCAAUGAAUUUAUCUUUGAGGCUGGCAGGGCAUCCCCUAUGGGUGAAGGGAAAUACAACUUUGUCACACGCAAUGGUGAUGACAACAAGAUUUUUGAUGCCAUAGACAGUUUUGCUUCUGCUCGUGUCAGGAGGGGAAGGAACUUCCAUUCCCCAACAGCUUCAAAUGAGCUGACAGAAGAUGACAUUGAACGUGCCUAUGAUCAACUCAGGUUUAGCCUCCAAAACUUCCCAGGGAAUCGAGACAGAUCUGUUAGACAUAUGAGCCAGAGUGUGCCACGACCCAUUGACACAGGGACACCACAGCAAGCAUAUAAUCACAUAGGCAGAUCAGAUAGUAUAGGCAGUGCACAUAGUCUUGGCAGCUUCUCAAUGGUCUCAGAAUCUGCUCUAAGCUACAGCCGCCUGGAGAGGCUACCAAGCUGGGGUUCCCAUACAUCCAGUUCAACUUAUCCGAGGGACCAGUACAACACACUUAGUUCAGUGCAGACGGAAAACACCAUACAGGAAGGAAGCUAUGACAGACUAGCCCGUUCACCAAGUACUUCAAGCCGUAACUUUUCUCAAUCACUGGACAAAAGAUCUCAAAUGGAACAGAGGCAUUUGAUGCAGGAGGAGCCAUCUGCUGACCAGAAAUCACAUGGGACAAAAAUGGCACCCGCUAUACCCAAAAAGAAGAAUGAAUUAACAAAUGGUAAUGAGCAUUCAAAAGAACCCAGUGCAACUCCAAAAAAUCAAAAACCAUCCAGUGUACCAAGAUCAGCUCAGCAAGUUGCAUCUGAUGAUCAUGCUGAGAGAACACAAAGCUUUUCACGUGGUGAGAAACCUUUAUCUGUAGUUGGCUCUCCAAACUUUUUUUAUAUGAAUGCAGCAUGUUCCUCUAGUGUUGAGGUUUUGCCAGCACUCUAUGCUACUGUGGAUCUUAGUAAAAAGACAAAGAAUAAAAAUCCAGCAGAAAGAGCAUCAGAUAAUGCAGUGACUCUUACAAGACAUCAAAGUAAGAGCUCUGAUAGCAUCUUGGAAGGGUCACCACCAAAAUUCACCCACUUUGCAGCUUUUGCAACAGGUACUGAGUGUAAAGACUAUGAAGAUGCAUGCAUUACCAUGAUCCCUCCACAAAAACCUAGUACUGAAAGAGUUUCCUGGGCUCAUGCUAACCUUGUUAACCAAUCAGACCCUCAAGGAGAAAGAGCCGAGGGUGUUACUAAUCUGCCUGUAUUACCUGAAAAGAAGGGCUCAUACCAAGGUCAGGUAGAAGCAUUGGAGAGGACAUUAACAGAAGUGUCACACCUUACUCAACAAGAAAAGUAAUGGGCCAUUUGUACCAUAUUUGAAUGAACGUGUUGGUGUUUAGGUUGAGAUAAUCUUUUUUCCAACAUAACAUGAUGUACAAUCAUGAAGCACUAUAGAUAUGUCGAUUUCAUUCAGUAAUAUUGGAGCCAGUUUUGUUCAGUAUUUUAUUUCCAUAAAAUGGAUUUUUGAUAAAUGUUUAGCUUUUCUUAAAGGAACAGAUAAAUUAAGGACUAUUCACAGCAGGUAUUUAGUUUCUUUUCUUGUUAUGCAAAGAAGGAUGUUGGACAAAUUUCAAAAUUAAAUUAGAACUGUCUGCAUCAAAAGGGUUGGAAGCAAAAAUAACCAUAAAAUGCUUAACUUAUUGUGAGCCACAUCAAGGGGAAAUCAAAUGUCCAAACAGAAGUUCCCAAGUGGAGUUGAGGGGUCCACUUACUGGCCAGCUAAAAGAACCAGUCUUGCCAGCCAACCUGUCUGAUAUAUAUUUUGUGUUUGAUCCAAGCUUGAGAUAUGGGACACUUUAUACAUCAAUGAGAGAUAGACACAAAUAAAGAAAGUAAGCUUUUUGUUGUGAUGAUAACUCCCAAGAACUCAUUACUGAUACUCCUUACCAUCUGCCAUACAGUUCUUGUGAUUUUAGUUUAGAGAAUUUGGUAUUGCAUCAACUUACAAUCCCUUAAUUGAUAUUUUUCUGUAUUCUUAUCACUUUUCUGAUUGGUAUUGUAUUGAUAUUGUGAGGAGAAAUUCUGUCCUGGUCACUCAAGGGAGUUAAAGGGUUAAGCUUAGGCCAACAAAUUCUGUUUUUUUUACAGUCAUCAUAACUGUCAUUGAAGUUAUCUUGAUACAAAUUCCAAAUGUUUUGUACUUUUAUUUCUUGUUCAUAUUUCAGUGCAAGUCAGUUUUCAGAAUCUUAUGCUUACCUUGUUAGUGAGAGCCAUGCCUGAUCAAGAUAAAAACACUUACAAAUAGUUAUUUUAUUUUAUCAUCAGGGACAGGAUUUUGCUCCCUUAGUUAACUAAUUAGAUUCCUUAGAUACUCAAUCAAAAGUUGCUGCAACUUUCUGCUUCAGAUGCUUUUCAAAUUGAUGGUGAACUCUACAAAAAGCUAUUACCAAAGAAAGAUUUCUGAAAUCUUAUCUCUUGGGCUACAAGCAAGAUUUUUCUAGUAAUCCAUAAGUUCCUUUGAAUGUGUCAAUACAUUAUAUGCUUAAUAAUUUAGGGUUAGCCAAAACAAAUCAAAGUAGUUUUUACCUCUAAGCCUCUCUUAUUUCUUCUGAAGAGUAUUCAAAACAAAUUCUAUUUAUAUAUUUAUGAUUCUAAUUCAAUAAAUUGUUGUGUUGUUACUUUUAAGUGAAAAUAUGUUGCCUUGAAAUAAAACUCCACAUGGAAAAUAA